AUAUAUGAAAGUUGCAAAUAAACCAAAACAAAGUCACACAUAAAAAAAAUGGCUCAUACACAGAGAGAGCAAUUCAAACCUAUAGCACCAAAUUUCAUAUCAUUAACAACUCACUUUAGCAGCCCAAGUGCAGAUAAUCAACAGCAACACUUAUCUGAACGCAAAACAAAACGCAUAAAAAAGUUUGUCGUAUGGUGUGGAUGCAUCACUGCAAUUCUUUUGUUACUUAUUGUCAUAGUCAUAAUCCUAGCUUUUACUGUCUACAAUGUAAAAGAACCUGAAGUUAGAAUGAAUGGUGUUUUCCUUAUAAGUGGAAGUUUCAACGGUAGCAACGCUUCGAAUAACGUUACAAUUCAUGCUGAUAUGUCCGUGAAGAAUACAAAUUCAUUCACUUUCAGGUAUGGAGCAGUAAACACCACUGUUUUCUAUAAUGGAAUUGAUAUUGGAGGAGGAAUACAACCACCAGGAAAAGCUAAGGCGCAAAGAACGGCGAGGUUCAACGUGACUUUGGUUAUUAACGCGAAAAAGCUUGUGGACAAUCAAGACUGGAUUAUUGAUAUUAGAGAUCAAGCUUUAAAUUUCAGCACCUAUACGAGGAUCAAUGGAAAAGUAAAAAUAUUGAACAUGUUCAAGAGGUCAAUUAAGGUUGAGUUGAAUUGUACUAGUACAUACAAUAUCCCAACAGAAUCAAUCACACGAGGUGAUAAUUGUAUUGGAUUCGUUAAUAUUUAGGUUUCAUUUUUAAGGAUUCAAUUCUGGUAAUUAGUAUUUGUGAGACCUUUUACUAUGGUAUUUUUGUAGAUAUAUAUUGUACCAAAAAGACCACCUCUCUAUAGAAACUUUUCUACUUUCCCAUGUUAAAUCCCACCCCUCUAUAUAGGUUGUUUUUCUCAAAUACUUAAAGUUAGAAAUGUUUCAUCUACAUUGAAGAAAAGGAAAGAAAAUCACACUUUUAGAUUGUGGAACGUACCACACUACCAUGAUUUUUCAAUUCGCCAAACACACGUUUGGUCUCCUAUUAAAAGUGGUUUUAUAAAAAAACAUGAAUUUGAAUUU